GCUGCGCGAAGGUUGGAGAAGAGGGCCCGGCACAUGGCAGGCCGGGGAGAGCUGGCUUAAGACGGUUGAUUUGCGAGUUCCAGUCGUGGGGAUAUCGCCUGUUUUCAAUGUAUGCUUGUGGGGAGAGGUUGCCUGGUUCCUGAAGCGUGGAAGACUGUCACUUCCUCGAGUGGACGCCGUGCAGGAUCCAUUUCUUUUCAAGGUGUGAUUAUGUGUCCACCCGCCCGAGCUGAGGCUAUAAUGUCUUACUUGAACAAAAGAAGUGAGCCAGGACAAGUCAGUGAGGUGAUGAAUGGCCAUUAAUGUUUCUGCUCACCUGAUCUGAAAAGGCCUACUUCUAGGUCAACAGAUGAUGAUGGCGUUUGAGCAGUUACCUAAAAAAGAUUGGUAUAGCAUUCUGGGAGCAGACCCAUCUACAAGUGUGUCAGACCUGAAACACAAAUAUCAAAAACUCAUAUUAAUGUACCAUCCAGAUAAGCACAGUGCAGAUUUGCCAGCACAAACUGUGGAGGAGUGUCUGCAGAAGUUCCUUGAAAUUGAUCAGGCAUGGAAAAUUCUAGGGAAUGAAGAGACAAAAAGAAAGUAUGACCUGCAGCGGCAUGAAGAUGAGCUAAGAAAUAUUGGACCAGUAGAUGCACAAGUGUAUCUGGAAGAAAUGUCUUGGAAUGAAGGUGACUGUACAUUCUCUCUGGGCUGCCGCUGUGGUGGGAAAUACAGUGUUUCCAAAGAUGAAGCAGAAGACAUCAGCCUGAUUUCCUGUGAUGCAUGUUCGUUAGUUAUAGAACUCCUUCAUGAUAGCUAAAACUGGAACCCUUUAACUGUAUUCAGACAUGAUCAGAAGAGGCCACUUAGCCUUCAAGGAAAUGCAAUUUUCUUGACAGCUAUAAUUUUAAAAGAAAAUGGAAGAUCCAGUAAUGACCACCUCAGAUUAAUAGAAGGAAUUAAUUCAGUUGCUUAUAUGUGUUUAUUAUACAGAAUACCUCAAGAAUUUUAAACUACAGAAUUACAAAUUCUGCUUCUUUUUUUUUUGAAAUUAUUUGUGUGUGUAUGGGUGCAUUGCAUGGCUCACAUGUGGAGGUCAGAGGACAACUUGGAGUUGUCUUUGAGAUACCUCUUUGAGAUAGGGUCUCUUGCCAGUGCAAAUAAACUGUCCAACUGCAAACAAAUGACAGAUUACAUAGUCUGUGAGUGUUGUACUUAUCUCAUUGCUGGGACAAAGCACCUGACCAGAAGCAAAUAAAUGAUGGAAGAAAA